AUGGUUCUCAGGAUUGGAGGUUGGAUGUUCACUUAUGACCAAGUUCGCACAUGGUUGGAGCGCGGCGGGCGGAAAUACGAGAUUCUCGAGUAUUAUGAGCUUUCCGGAGCACUCAAGGAGUGGUUCGAGGAGAGGCAAAUCAGAUAUAUGGCUCCCAUCCCGACUGAUUAUCCUCGCGGAAGCAAGCAGCCAGUUAUCCUUCUGACUACGAGAUACUACGUGGAUCCCGCUGCGACAGUGAUGCACUACACGCGUUUCGUGGAGAGAGCCGUUGACCGCAAAGUGAAGCGGCAGGUGUUGGAGGAGACCGGGUUCAAGGAUGACGACUUGCGCUGGGUGACUGUCAUUGACCCGUACUUCCAUGACCCUGUGAUGUUCAGGUAUCCCAGGAACUAUGCCCUCUGGCCUGAGACGGGCGCGCCGCCAGAGGAAGAAGAAGCCGAGAAUAAGGGGGAUGGAGACAACGAAGUGGAGAAGAGAGCCAAAGAGGAUGGGGACAAGAAGGAGCAGACGUCGAGUGGUACGCACAACAGUGUCGGUGUACAAACAGAAGUUUCUAUAACAUCUGGCACUAUGGUGCUUUAG